AUGUCAUUCGACAAACUGCCACCCAACACCCCCACCGCCAGCAGCCUCCUCUUCGCCAAGAAGAAGGAGUCGCAGCUGACAUUCGCCGACCUCGGCCAGAUCCUCGGCCGCGACGAGGUGGCCGUCGCCGCCAUCUUCUAUGGCCAGGCCAGGGCGGACGAGGACGAUAUUCGUAAGUUGUCGAAGGCGCUGGGGCUGUAUGAGAGUGUGCUGCAGGCGGAGCUGGGGGGGUGUCCGUUUCGGGGCGGGACGGUGGAGAUGCCGCCGAGAGAGCCGUUGAUCUACCGCCUGUAUGAGAUUGUGCAGACGUACGGGCAGGCGUACAAGGCGGUGCUGAACGAGAAGUUUGGUGAUGGCAUCAUGAGUGCCAUUGCGUUCUCGACGAAGGUGGAAAAGGAGACGGAUGAGAAGGGCGUGGACUGGGCGGUCAUUACGCUGCGGGGGAAGUGGUUGCCGUAUUCGCGCUUUUAG